GCCAAUAGAGUCUCUCGUAAGCGCUCACAUGAGUUGCUUUUUUUUCCAGGCUGUUUUUAAUGACUGAUAUUGAUGUAUGGUAAUUUCUUAGCUGGAUCACAUGACACAAUUACCUCAGGAAUCGAUCAAGAUGUAUUGCAGGUCUGCCUGCGUUUCUGAUUUUUCCUCCCUGUCGGGGUCUCUCCACACGCCGGCGGUGCCACAGAUGGACAAAGUUUAACAAGGCCGAGCCGCCAACUCCGUCCCUCUGUUGCACGGAGGAAAAAGGAAGAAGGAAAAAUGACGGAAUUCGACGAUCGCAGCUGUGCGUCAAAUAUGUUUUUGCCCAGCUGCACUUAUUACGUUUCGACACCCGAUUUCACCUCAGUCUCCUCCUUUCUACCGCAGACCACAUCGUGUCAGAUAAAUUUCCCCUAUUCGCCAAACAUAGCCCAAGUCCAACCUGUUCGAGAGGUCGCUUUCAGGGAUUAUGGACUGGACCAUCCCAAAUGGCACUACAGGGGCAAUUACGCGUCUUACUACUCAACGGACGAGAUAAUGCACCGGGAACUGAUCCAGUCGUCGAGCGGCCGGGCGGACGUGAUAUUUAAAAAUGAGCCCCUGUACGGUCACCACGGGGGAAGCGGCGCGCAGUGCAGUUUCUUCGCCGGAGUGAGCCGUAACGGGGUGCUCCCCCAGGGCUUCGACCAGUUCUUUGACUCUCCUAACACGGAGCCACCCAAACAAAAGGCUGCCGAGCCUGCUGCCCGCGAUCACCGCGGUGCUGCUGAUGCCACGAACAUCAGCCAGGCGGUAACCAAACUGGAGCAACAAAACGCAGAGCCUCCCGGGAGCGUCGACGAGGACUCGUCCUCCAACUGCGGCGACAAGAGCAGCCGUCAGAGUUCAUCAACCAAGUCCAGGAAGAAGAGGUGUCCGUACUCCAAAUACCAAAUCCGAGAACUUGAACGAGAGUUUUUCUUCAACGUUUACAUUAACAAAGAGAAGCGCCUGCAGCUGUCCAGAAUGUUAAACCUAACAGAUCGCCAAGUGAAGAUUUGGUUUCAGAACAGGAGGAUGAAGGAGAAAAAACUCAACCGAGACCGCCUACAGUAUUUUACUGGAAACCCUUUAUUCUGAGGCUUACAUAAAACAUCCAAAGACACACACAGACUGAGCUGAAGGAGCUUCUAUAGGUACUGCGUAAGAACUGCAACUCGAUUUGCCACGUAUUUUAGAUGGUUUGUACGCUUAUUUAAAGAUGUUCAGCCAUUUAUUGGUUUCAUUGGGCAACUGAAUACUUCAGAUUGUCUUUUUUUUUAUUUUGGAACCGUAUUAAAUAUAUUCCCUUUCUUUUCUUUUGUAGAUAUAUUUGUAACAAGCAUGCAAUAAAUGUUGUGUAUCGUGAA